CUGUGCAAACCGUGGCUGCUCUCGGCUAAUUUUUUCACUUCACUUUUCCACCUCGACAAAUUACAGGGAACAUCUGUUGGUGGGCCCACGUUAGAUCAAGAAAUUGUAAAUGAUGGGAUGAGAAAUGGUGUUCAAUGGUCUGGCCUAGUUUGUUAUUCCGAGCCGUUUGGGGCUGGCGGCCCGCUUGCGGAGGCCUUGGGACAGAACCCGACUUCGCCUCACGAUUCUGUUAAUGGGACCGGGACAGCUGUGUCUUCUCCUUCUGGGGUUAUUCAGAGGACUUUGUUUCCUCAAUCUGAUGGUAGCAUUUGCAAUAGCCUGUCGGAACUUGGGUUGCUGAGGAUAAAGUAG